GGAUCAACCAAACCGAAACAAGAUCCGACGGUCCAUAAUCGUCUACGACAUCCCAUUCAUCAGCUUCAGGUGAGUCCGGUUCAUUGGAAGCCCCAAAGCUCUCUCCUUCUCUCUCUCAGCUUCUGUAGUAGCAAGUUGUGUUCGGAGCUGUUCCAAAAUGCUGGCUCGCCUCGCUUCCAAUCGGCUCCACGAGAUCCGUCGGAUUUUCAGUCAGCCUACCCGAUCCUUCUCUACUGCCCUCAACUACCAUCUUGAUUCUCCGGAUAACAAUCCAGACUUACCAUGGGAGUUCAACGAAGCUAACAAACAGAAGGCGAAAGAGAUAAUAUCUCAUUAUCCAUCCAACUACAAGCAAUCUGCAGUGAUUCCUCUGUUGGAUCUUGCACAGCAGCAGCAUGGAGGAUGGCUCCCUGUUUCAGCAAUGAAUGCAGUAGCGAAGGUUAUCGAAGUUGCUCCUAUACGUGUAUAUGAAGUUGCAACAUUUUAUUCAAUGUUCAAUAGGACGAAGGUGGGCAAGUACCACCUUUUGGUUUGUGGCACGACACCAUGUAUGAUUCGUGGUUCACGAGACAUUGAAGCAGCUUUACUGAAUCACUUAGGAGUGAAGCGCAAUGAAGUAACCAAGGAUGGAUUAUUCUCUGUUGGAGAAAUGGAAUGCAUGGUGAGUCUUUUCUUCAACGGUUUAGUGAUCUGAACCUUCAGCUUCUGA